UCUGAUGACAACGCGUUCGAUUUGUGACAAAGCCUCUCACGCGCUGCCCCUGGAGGGGAGUCCUAAGUAAAACUCAGACCCGCCUUCAAGUGCGGAUCGGAGGGCUUGCCCGGUGAGCAGGCAGCAUGGCAUCGGCCGCGAACCUGGUCACCUGGCUCCUGUGGGGUUACUUACUGGAGCUUUGGACGGGAGGGCACACGGCAGAUACCCCUCACCCCCGCCUACGUCUGUCACAUAAAGAACUCUUGGAUCUAAAUCGAACAUCAAUUUUUCAUAGUCCUUUUGGGUUUCUUGAUCUCCACGCAAUGCUUCUGGAUGAAUAUCAAGAGAGACUCUUUGUGGGAGGCAAGGAUCUUGUAUAUUCUCUCAGUUUGGAACAAAUCAGCAAUGGCUAUCGAGAGAUACACUGGCCUAGCACAGCACUAAAAAUAGAAGAAUGCAUAAUGAAAGGAAAAGACGCAAGUGAAUGUGCAAAUUACGUUCGAGUUUUGCAUCACUAUAAUAGGACACAUCUUCUGACCUGUGGUACUGGAGCUUUUGACCCACUUUGUGCCUUCAUCAGGGUUGGAUACCAUUUGGAGGAUCCCCUGUUUCAUCUGGAACCACACAGGUCAGAAAGAGGAAGGGGCAGGUGCCCUUUUGAUCCCAGCUCAUCCUUCAUCUCUACCUUAAUCGGUAGUGAAUUGUUUGCUGGCCUCUACAGUGACUACUGGGGCAGAGAUGCCGCGAUCUUCCGGAGCAUGGGUCGAUUGGCUCAUAUUCGCACCGAGCAUGACGACGAGCGCCUGUUAAAAGAACCAAAAUUUGUAGGUUCAUAUAUGAUUCCUGACAAUGAAGACCGAGAUGACAACAAAGUGUAUUUCUUUUUUACCGAGAAGGCCCUAGAGGCAGAAAACAGUGCCCAUGCAAUUUACACCAGAGUGGGGAGACUCUGUGUGAAUGAUGUAGGAGGACAGAGAAUACUGGUCAAUAAGUGGAGCACAUUCCUCAAAGCAAGACUCGUUUGCUCAGUACCAGGAAUGAAUGGAAUUGACACAUAUUUUGAUGAAUUAGAGGAUAUUUUCUUGCUACAUACCAGAGAUCCUAAGAACCCAGUGAUAUUUGGACUCUUUAACACUACCAGUAACAUAUUUAGGGGGCAUGCAAUAUGUGUCUAUCAUAUGUCUAGCAUCCGGGCAGCCUUUAAUGGACCAUAUGCACAUAAGGAAGGACCUGAAUACCACUGGUCACUCUAUGAAGGAAAAGUCCCUUACCCAAGACCUGGUUCUUGUGCCAGCAAAGUUAAUGGUGGGAGGUACGGAACCACCAAAGACUAUCCUGAUGAAGCCAUCCGAUUUGCAAGAAGCCAUCCACUUAUGUACCAGCCCAUAAAACCUGCCCAUAAAAAACCAAUCCUGGUAAAAACAGAUGGAAGAUAUAACCUGAAACAAAUAGCAGUGGAUCGAGUGGAAGCUGAGGAUGGCCAAUAUGAUGUCUUGUUUAUUGGGACAGAUAAUGGAAUUGUACUGAAAGUAAUCACGAUUUAUAACCAAGAAACAGAAUCAAUGGAAGAAGUAAUUCUAGAAGAACUUCAGAUAUUCAAGGAUCCAGUUCCUAUUAUUUCUAUGGAGAUUUCUUCAAAGAGACAACAGCUGUAUAUCGGAUCUGCUUCUGCCGUGGCCCAAGUGAGAUUUCAUCAGUGUGACAUGUAUGGAAGUGCUUGUGCUGAUUGCUGCCUGGCUCGAGACCCAUACUGUGCCUGGGAUGGCAUAUCCUGUUCCCGGUAUUACCCAACGGGCACUCAUGCAAAAAGGCGGUUCCGCAGACAAGAUGUUCGGCAUGGCAACGCAGCUCAGCAAUGCUUUGGACAGCAGUUUGUCGGGGAUGCUUUGGAUAAGACUGAAGAGCGACUGGCCUAUGGCAUAGAGAACAACAGUACUUUGCUGGAAUGUACCCCACGAUCGUUGCAAGCCAAAGUUAUCUGGUUUGUGCAGAAAGGACGUGACACAAGAAAAGAGGAGGUGAAGACAGAUGACAGAGUGGUCAAGAUGGACCUCGGCUUACUCUUCCUUAGGGUACGAAAAAUGGAUGCCGGGACCUAUUUUUGCCAGACAGUAGAGCAUGGUUUUGUCCAUACCGUCCGCAAAAUUACUCUGGAGGUAGUAGAAGAGGAGAGAGUAGAGGAGAUGUUUCACAAAGACUUGGAAGAGGAUGGGCCUCCCAAGAUGCCUUGUCCUGCCCAGAGUAUCAUCCCACAGGGGGCAAAACCAUGGUACAAGGAAUUCUUACAGCUGAUUGGUUAUAGCAACUUCCAGAGAGUGGAAGAAUACUGUGAAAAGGUCUGGUGCACAGAUAAGAAGAGGAAAAAGCUUAAAAUGUCACCUUCCAAGUGGAAGUACGCCAACCCACAGGAGAAGAAGCUUCGUCCCAAAGCUGAGCACUAUCGCCUGCCCAGGCACACGCUGGAUUCCUGACGCCGUGACACCGUCUCCUGGCUUCUGAAGAAUUUAUGUUUGGAACCGAAAACGAACAAAAUGAGAAACCAUCCAGCUUCGUAUCGCUUAACAGAUUUCUGUAAUACAGAAAUGACUGUGAAGGUAUUAUGAUAAAUUAUUAUACGUACUCAUUUGACUGGUUAAAAAUCACAUAAAGUUAACUAACUUUUCUAAACAAUAUUUAUCAAAAAGUGACCUUGUCUGUAGUUUUGAGUACCUGGCUGCUUUUCCAUGGCAAUUAUUAUUUUCUCUUGGAAGACUUACGGUUAUUGGAAUAUUGAAAAAUUAGAGAUGUUAAUAAUCAUGUGAAAAUUAAAUAUAUAUUUUAAUCUUUCUGAAUUCUACCUUUCCACUACGAUGUAAAAGGUAAAGAAUACCAAAUACUUUAUCAUUCUCACAUGAACUGUCUGUACUUUUUAAGAAUUGUAUUAGUGGGAAAAAAACAAAACAAAACAAAACUUGUAUUAGUAUCUAAACCAUGAGUUUUAUGAAGCCAGGUGUGUUGAAAUUAUUGUAAACCAUGAAAGAAAAAUUAUGGUCACCUUGAGGCUCGUGCCCUUCAUAAAACAUUCACUAAGCCACAUUCUCUACAGUUACAUUUUAUGAUGAAAACACAUCCUUUGAAUUUCACUCCAGUGCAGAAAGAAUGACAUUAAGAUAACUUCUCAGAAAGAUAGCAAAAUAUGCCAAAAACAGAUGAAGUUACAGUUAGAAAUCUAACUGAAAAAGUUUUUGCUACCCUCUUGUGGUAGAAAAAGUGUAUUCUCUUUUUUCUCUUUUUACAGAUUGUCUAGUAAAGAUUUGAAAGCAGUUUCUGUUAAUACGUCCUGUCCAUUUUCAGAAGAAAAAAAAAACUUAAAAAUGUCUCACUGCUUAUGUCAUGCUUUAAGAUGGAAAUAAUGUGUUUAUGAAUAAUUUAUUACCUCACAGGCCAAAAAUGAAGAUAUUAUAGCCCUGAAGCUCUAUUAAAACUUAAA